UGUCUGAGUGCCUUCGUUUGAAAGACUUUGAGAAGCUCUAAUUGACUACUUUGGCCAUCGGCGGCUUUCUGUUCAACUACCUGCACCUCCAUCAUGGACGUCUCUUACAUUCCUCAUGCCGAGCGCGUCCGCCGCAAGAAUCGAUCAUCCACCAAUGUCAACCACCUCUCGCUUGCUCCUCUGACCACCAAGCUUCCCCUCGACGACGAUGAGCUUCUAGUUGACGCUGGCGUGCCGGUGCCCCGUCCCAGCACUUCGUAUCUACAAGGCAAAUCCGCUCCCACCACGCCUCGGCUGCUCGCCAGCUCCGCAACCAACCCUCACUCGCGCUCGAGAUCACGAAACCGCACAGCCUCUGCCUCAGGCGCCCCAAUCACCAAGAGCAAAUCAUCGUCGCACCUUGCCAGCGGCCAUCAUGCGACGAAGAAAUCCACGUCGGGCACAACGACCCCCCGCCGGCGGCAUGACGAUGGGCCUGAUGGCGACUGGCUGCUGAGGACCGGCGCAAUGAUGACUUUUGAGGCGAGAGAGUACAAAGGCCAGUCAUGGCUCAUCUCGCGCCAGAGCUCUACAAGCCUCACAGGCAUCCGGAAUUUUGAGGACGUGGCGUUUGAAGACGAGCUCGCGCGGGAAAGGGAAAUCACAAGCAUGCUUACAAGCAGGCGCGGCAGUCUGGCCGACGACGACAUGUCUAUUUCCGUCAUUGGCAGCAAAAUCCACAGUCGGUCUCAGAGCCGAUCCCACAGCAUCCAUGGCAGCCGGAGCCAGCUCAUGACGCCCAUAGAACGGACCUUGGACGAGGCCUCCUACUUCCCCAACCAAGAGUCGCUCGCCGGCCCCGAUUUCGUCGAUCUCGACGAGAGGCUGGAAGAGCUGGAGCGAGACACGCUCGAAGACGCCGAAGCCGACGUCAAGAGGCUGAUGCGCCGCGGCACCGGGGCCAAGGCGUCAUGGAUGACUGGCUUCAUGGGAUGGUCGCUCUUCUCGGUGGACGAGCACGAGGAGGAGACGGACGAUGACGACGAGUCAGAGUACGACGAGUCACUGGCAGAUUCGCAAUCGCACGUGGACCGCAGUGCUUGGCUGAGGCGUCACGUCGAGGGGCCUUUGGACCCGGAGGACUUUGUGCCGCCUCCAACAACGGACGAGGGAGGCUGGAGUGAUGCGGCUUGGCUGCUUAGCGUAGCAUCAAAGGUCAUCUUUUAAGAGGAAUCUACAUUUUGUUUUUCUAAAGCACGAAUACGAACAGCGCCUUAUUGCUGGCGGUAGUAAUGGAAUCUACAUGUCAAGUCACGAUGAGAACCUUUUUUUUUACUCUGAACCUUUCAACAUAAUGUAUUAAUAGUAGCAGGCUUUCUUCCCCAGAUAAAGGAUCGAUCGAUCGAUCGAGCUCCAGUGGAGACGCCCGUAAUAGCAAACAUGUCUCUUUGUGUCUCUCUCAAGAAUAAUACACCUUGUGCAAAGCUUCAGUAUUUCUCACCACACAAGACAGUCGCCCUGUACAUCUUCCCGCAAUAAGCCACCAAUCUUACUUACAUGUAGGGUCUCGCUACGGCUUGGUACGGCUCUUGGAUCAUACGCUUGAAUUGUUAGUCCUGUCCGAGUGCAUAUGCAGACGCAAAGCCUGUUUUGGCGAACGCACGGCCAGGGAUUCUCAGCCAUCCAAUCUCCACCACCGCUCAGCUUAGGCACGGACGGCUUCAAGCCGUAGCAUCGCCUGUCAUUAAACGCGCAGAUGCUCGGUUCCAAAGCUCACGCGGCGUGCCCGUAGUGGACGUUCCCAGGGAUGCUAAUAAGCUCGCAUAUAGCGCAAUCAACCCAAAGAACCGGCAGAGAGGAAGCCUAGACUUCCGUCUCAAAUCGUGGCCAUGGCGUCCUCAUCUGGCCCCCUCUCUUGGCCAGACACAAUUUCAAGUGCCGUUGGAUUCUAAUCCCCACACCUGGCUGCUGGGAACGCCACCAAGACCACGAUGGAUGGCUGGACCGGUGGGAAGGGCUCGCCACUGGCUCUGCUGCUCUGAGUUGUCAGGCGUUUCGCUCCGUCUCCCAAUGCAUCUGCGGAGUAUGUAUCAUUACGGGGCAUGGCAACUCCACGAAGCGCGCAUGAGUCCAUCUCGGUACCUAAUAGGAGCAGCUCGUCACCCUCAUAGCCGCUUCCAAUUUAUCCCAAACAUGCAACAACUACUUGUACGUGCAUAUGCCAUGUACGAGCAUGCAAAGUACAGUAUGCAACCGCUCGCUGUCACGGGUCCCAAAUACAUGUACACUGAAGCCAUCAAUACCUUACUGUAGAUGCCGCGUCCACUAACAGUCUCUGGGAACUGGAGCUGAGCCCCGACCCAUGGCGGCAGCCCAAUGCCGGAACGCCGGCUGGAUUUUUGAGACAAAGCUCGCUGGGAUCGGGUAACAGAGGCGAGGGGGGGCGACAGGGGGUUCUGUCACUUACAAUCCCAGGCCAAGCAUCGCCAAAUCCGAGCCCUUGGAGUUGGGCCGCUCUCGGUUCGCGCUGUCGGGUCACGAUGGACACGACCAGCCGUUUUGAUGGCAUGAUUCCAAAGCCUCCAUUUGGCGAGAGAUACUAGUAUACACAAUGCUUGCAUGAAGCCUGUUUUCAAGUCAAAUAAUAAAAAGCAGGCACUACUAUGCAUAAGUAAUAAAUGCAGCCCAUACAGUCCUUACAUGGACUCGCUGACACCACUUCCUCCCUUACAGCCAACAGGGGGACUGCUCCAGCUAGAGGGAGCCGAAAUAUUCGGUCCAUUCCAUGGUUCGUUUUUCUUGCUUUUUUCUUCGUCUCUCUAAACUCGAGUCUCUUGGUUGCUUUUUUUGGCCCUACGUGUAAGCCCUUUCCUCCUUUGCCUUGGAUGCGUAUCCGUGGCCAAUCAACACCCCACAGCCGUUUGGCGGCAUGUAAGCCAUCAAUUUACUACUGGACUAGUAUUACCCAUUGAUACCCGGCAGACCUCGCUAAGAGCUGUAGGGAGGUGAUGCAGGUGUUGCUUUUUCUUUGCUCUUUGCUUUUUAAUAUUGAAUCCUAGCCUUGAUUUUUCCUUGAUACAUACCUCCUAAGGGGGGUUGUUGUUCACUGCCGAGGAUGCGGUGAACAAAACCCUAGGCAAUGAGUGGUGCCAUUGCAGCCAAAGAUGGAUUCUAUUUCACAACCGCGAAUAUUGUU